AACUUGUUUAGGCUGCAGUGUUGAGCCGGACAGUCCCCGUGCGGACAGCUAACCCGUGUGUGAUUUUGUGUGUUUCAAUGGUGGCUCCUCCGCCCCUUACUAUUGGUGUUAUUUUCGGAGAGCUUCUGGACAGCUACCCUGUGACGGAACUUGAGUGAGAGGAAGGAGCAAAGCCAUUCCACCUAGUCCUCCCUCCCCUCAAGGUGCAACGAAUGUGACUUGCAAUUGCAGUGCAAUCACGUUGCAUUAUUUUGUCUAGCGAAGCGCGAUUUCAAUAUCCAGAGUGUAGCACACCGCUGACUUUUGAGGGACAAUUUUGGGGCUGACUAGUGUUGAAAGAGUAACUUCAGUGUGUGGAACCCCUGCAAGAGUGAGAUGUCCAAACAUUUCAGCGAAAUUUCACAAAUCGACUCGAAUAGUGUGAAAUGUAUAACAAUACACAUAUAAAUAUUUAUGAAUUUCAAAGUUAAGCAGAAGAAAAUUUGCAUAUUUGUUUUCGAAUCGUAAAACUGAUAUGCCAGUGUUUAUAUUGAGAAUUAAAUAACGGCAAGGAAAGAAGUUGAUUUUUUUUUAAAUAUUACUCUAAGAUCCAAUGCUUCAAGUGACCCUAAUAACAAUAAUUCUUUGAAGCAAUACAGGAAUAAACAUAGGCGAUCGAAGAGAAAGAGUGCAAUGAGAGAAGUAAUGAUAAUGCAUGUAUCUCGUUGGGGGCGAUAAAACAUGCUACUAACCAGGCGAUGAUUUGCAGUUGAUUGAACGAAACGUGUGAAAACAUCAAACCACCCUGCAAGUACAUACAGUUCAGUGUCGUUCAUACCGAACACGGAGAAGUUGCAAAAGUAAAAGGAAAAAUCGAAGAAAACACACAUAGAUAGAGUUGGUUACCAAACUCGUCAGUCUAGUUGAUACAAAACAUCAAAUCCGUGAAAAGUAACCAUCCGUAUUAAAGUGCGUGUAAAUACAAAAAAAAAAAUCGCCCAAUUGUAAAUACGACAUUUUCAAACUUUGUGGAUUAACUUGUUAAUAAGCAGUGAUUUUAACAUGAAAAAAUCGAACCAAUCCAAAACCAUGGAAAUCUUUCGUAGAAGUUAGUUGCAGCUGGUAACGAUGCAGCAUGCGAGCUUUUUGCACUGUAAGCGCACCCUUAGAGGUUUGCGCACCACCGUCCCGCCCUCUACCUCCGGGCACCAGAUUUCUAGCUUUAAAACUAUUAGGAACGCCACAACCACGCACACUCUACUUCCUAGUCGAAGCAAAAAGUCGCGUCCGCGAAGUGUACGCACAAACAUGCCAUCACUUUUCCAAGCAGGGAAUGCUGGACACCGAACUGUUCGGACUAGCCGUGUUGAUAGAUGGCGAGUAUCUGUUUGCCGAUCCCGAGAGCAAACUAUCCAAGUACGGCCCGAAAAGUUGGCGAUCUUCGCACACACACGGCCUCGACGCAAACGGGAAACCUCUCCUGGAACUACACUUCCGCGUGCAGUUCUACAUCGAGAGCCCGUUGAUGCUGAGAGAUGAAGUAUCGCGCCAUAACUACUACCUGCAGCUCAAGUACAACGCCGUUAACCGGGAUCUUCCGAAGGAGUGCUCAGAGCAAUCGCUUCUGCUGCUCGGAGGUCUUUCUUUGCAGGCUGAUCUCGGGGACUGUCAAGAUGAGAACGGCAGCCAAAUAUGUAGUAGCAGUAGCACUGCAAGUGCAGCAAGCAGCGGUGGCAACACUACCGGUGGAAGCACCAGCACAAACAAUACCAUCAACAACAACACCAGCGUGAACAACGGCAGUAGCAAUAGCAGCACCAGCACCACCACCACCAGCAGCAGCAACAGCAACAAUGGCAGCAGUUGCAACAUAAACAGCUGCAGUACUGGCAAUAAUGAGUAUUUCCGACCAGAAGAAUACAUAAACCCGACGCUUCGUUCUGCCUGGGGUAUUACAGCCCUUACUUCUUGCCAUCGUGAAAACCGGGGAAUGUCCCGGGCCGACGCGGAAACACACUACAUCCGUGAGGCAUGUCACCUUAACGAAGUCAUCAACGCACACGUGUUCCAUAUGAAACUGUCGAAAAAUGAAGUGGGAAUGGGUUCAGUGUUGCUCAGCAUCUACGCCAAGGGAAUACGCAUCGCUGUUGAGAACUCGACGACGACCACUUUCAACUGGCCUAGUAUCGGGAAGCUGAGCUUCGACCGGAAGAAGUUUGAGAUCCGGUCCGGUGACAACAAGAUCACAUUGUACUCGGUCAACGACGACAAAAACAAAAUGAUAUUAGCUUUGUGCAGGGAAACACACCAAUUUUCUAUGAAAAUUGCUCCACGAUUAACAGAAGCGAUCAAGCGAGAGGAGGAGGAAAGCAGUUGUAUUCACGGGUAUCCUUAUCUCUAUUCUCGUGCGCUGAAUCUCCCGUACAAAAGCAAAAGUGACCAACGAAUUUCGGUCAUCUCGAGUACUAGUUCCAACACAACCUCCGGAAUCGUGAGCGAUCGGGUUCAUUCCGAGGAUGAACUGGAAAUCAUUAUCAAUACACCUCCGUCCGCAACGAUAGCAGCUCCGUCGACGGAGAGCCUUGCGCUUGCACAUUUACUAGACUGUCCUAGCGUGAGCCGACAAACUUCUUCUGUGGGUCAGGUAUCAAUAAAGGACCUCGAAGGUACGCUAGCUGCUCUGUCGGUUCGAUCUAAUGCCACUAUUCGGUCGGCAAGUAGCGACAGCACAGAGGUGAAGGAAAGAUCCGUAAAAGAUUGCGACUCAUCCCCCUCGUCGCAGCACAAUAUCGGCUCACAGUGUUCGUCAACAUGCAGCACGGUCGUUGUGGCAAAUGAUUGCAUAAGCUUACCUCAAACUAAUGUCAACGGCACAAUCGAACGGCGUCAAACGUCCACAUGCAGUAGUCUCGAGCUCGGUUAUAGUCACACAGCCCAAAAUAGCACCUUAAGUGUUGCGACCAGCACUUGCCUAGACCAUGACAUCAAUGAGGAGGAAGAGGAAACUAACUCCGGUGUGUACACCCUUACUCAUGCACCACCGACGGAAACUAGUGGAGUGUACACGAUGAACAGCAGUGAGAUGACAGGACAAUCUUCUGAAAUCGCAGAGUCCGAGUCGCACGAAAGUUCACAUUACGGAAGUUUUCAGCCCUGUCAGAGCGAAAUGGCAGAACCCAUGGAAGCGGUAGACUCCGUAGAUGGUGAUUUCAGAGCUCGGUUGGAUAGCAACAUGAACGAGUUCCGCUUACGAUCCGACUCUAACAUAUCGGCAGCCGGGUCUUUUCGAGGCGAUGGCAGCGAUCCAACUGAUAACAAACAUUCUCUACUGAGUGCUGAAGAACUGACGGAUCUUAUUGUUGGACGCGGAACUUACCCAGCGAGGAAAACAGUCAGUCAUACGCUCGACUCGGAUUGCGACUAUGUAACGCUUCCGCUACCACUAGAAGGGGAAAGCUAUCUACAGGGUAGCGAAGACACGGCUCCUACGGAAGACGAGUAUGACGAUGAUGUUCUACCUCCUGCUCCUCCGAAACGGAUCGACAGCAACAUACCAACACAGCGGCAGUCACUUCUUAAUUUGGCAUGCUCCAAUGACUCUCCUCCUCCACCACCGCCAUACAACUCGCAUCAUGAAACCACAGGGCUUCGUGGACCAGAUAUUCGAUCGGACGAAGCUCCUGUGAUUCCUUUGCGAGAUCCCCCUCCAUACCCACAGAAACCAACCAGCAUGGUGCGAGAACGACCAGUACCGGUUCCCAUCAUGCCGACACCUAGCACAACCUGCAUCCCAGCGCCACCACUCUCGGAGGAAGUUCCGGCUCGCUUUAUCACAACCAGGCCUCAAAUCAACAUUUUGAAAGCCCAUACCAGCGUUGUAGGGGAGACGCCAAAGCCUAGCUUCGCAGCGCCCACAGUCAACAACAUAAGUAACCUUUCACAGUCACCAAUUUCUGCAGUGGUAACAGCUGCUUCGUCAACGGCCAGUGCAAUCGGUAUUCCGGUUGUACCGUAUCAUAAAAGCAUUACCUCGCCUCCUCCGCCGUAUCUGGAUAUGCCAAAACCACCUCAUCGAACCUGCGUGUUACUGCCCGUUAUCAAACCUCGACAGUACCAUCCACCACCACCCCCAACAAUACCCCGUCAACCACCACCGCCCCCGCCAACGCAUGCGCUGGCAACUGUCUAUACCGGUCAAUUGGCACGAUCACAGAUCGAACUUUACCAGCAGCAGCUCUACAGCGAUGUAGACUAUGUAAUAUACCCUAUCCAAGAUCCCUCCAUUAGUCAGCAGGAGUAUCUGGAUGCGAAGCAAGGUUCGAUCUUGGCGGCAAUGGCCCAAAGUCCACCUCCACCUCCUUAUCUAGCCUAUCACACGGUACGAGCACAUAACCGCAGCUGGGAUGCCUGCAAGAACCAUGCCAUCUAUCGCAGCACACCUUACCUGUCGAUGGCCCUCUCCUCGAACUCUCGUUACGCAUCAACGCAAAAUCUUUCGGACACGUACGUACAACUUCCAGGAGCCUACUCACCUCUGUACAGUCCUUCCGUUGCCAGUUUGUGCUCCUCGUACGAACCCCCACCGCCGCCACCUCUAAGACCCAGACCCAUCUCGAGCAGCUCGUCAUCUAUGUUUAUCCGUUCGCGAUCCGAUGACAACAUUCUAAACUCGGUAGAAAGUACACCGAAAAUUCGUCGGCUUCCACCGCCUCCUCCACCGCCGUACGAAACCCGUAAAGCGAACCGUAAACCACCGAUUCCCCUUCCGAUCGUAGAGAAGCAAACGCCACCCGCAGCCUCCGCCAAGGCAACAUCACUAAUCGAAAAACCACCGGAAGUACCCGCAAAGCCCAUGCCCACGAAACCAACCGGACCAAGCGCCAAGCUGCAAGCCCAAAUCCGAAAGCAGUACCCCGAUUUCGAUUUCAGCACCCUCAGCACCAACACUUCCAUCGACAUAAAAACCCUUCGGGAAAAAAGCAAAAAUCUAGAUCUUCCUCUUAUAUCUGCCCUCAUGCACGACCGUUCCCUGCUGAAGCAGACCCGUGCCUUCGUUAUGCCCAAGCAUCCUAGCAAAGCGGCAAACGUUAGCCCCCCCGGCAUGCUCAGUACGCCCGCCAGCCCCAACCAGCAGAGUCUGACCGCUCACAAGUCCAAGUACCCGGUGUCCGGUCUCAGCACAACACAGCUCGCCAAGCCACGCAAAUCGUCGGUCGUCAGCCAUCGGCAUCCGAAUGACAAAUUACCUCCGCUACCUGGCCAAACAGCAACCGAGGGUAACAACUACGUCAUGGACCCGACACCGGCCAAACAGAAGAGCUACAGCUCCUCGCAACCCAGUGCCUGAUCCUCGGUCAGCUUUGACUUUCCGGUCAAGCGGCACCAGAUUGGAACAAUUCAAGAGAAUAAAAACGAUAGACUUUCACGUUCGGAAACACAUUGUGUCAUGCUAAAGCUAAGCUAAAUAGUUUUUUUUUUGUCGUUUUAGUUGCAUUUUAAUGAAAUGGACCAUUACAGUUUCGUUCGCUAGUAAGAAAUCGAUAACCUUCCCGAAGGUUUUUUUGUUUUGGCACGAUGUCAUAGUUGUCUAGUAUGUACCUCAAUACUAGACUCGUUAGACGCGACCAGUAAUUCCAUCAGUUUAAGCUUUCCUGCGUGUUUGUAAAUCUCCGAAGCUCGACACGAUCACAAUCGAUGAUCGAUGUAACAAUUUUGGAAUCAGAUAAAAAGAAAAAAGAAUAUCGUACUGCAGAGUAGUCAUUAAUCAGAAUAUUUUCUUUAGAGGAAAUAACUCAGGAUUCUUAUUAACAAAAAAAAAAUUGUUUGUUUAGGCAAAAUUAGUUCUGUUGUAUUUUCUUAGUUUUAGUGAGAGAAAAAAAAACCUAACUGUAAAUAGGACUUCGAGAAGAAGAGAAAUGACAUAACACAUUCACACAUAAGAAAUUAUCUUUCGGGUUGAAGUUCUUUCCUAAACGUUUUUGGCAUGAUUGAAAACAGAAAAUCGGUGUUUAAUCCUUCAAGGUGUCAACACAAAAUAUCCAUGCAAGUCGUGCCAAAUUUACUCGCUAAGUAGUUCGCAAAGGAUUAUUAAACAAAAAAAAAACAUACAUUCUUGAUCGCUAGUAUAGAUAGAGUAUAUAGAAUGCCACACAAGGAGGACAAGACUAAUGAUUAGAAUAAAAACAAGAAGUAAAGUAAAAGCAAUAAAACUUUCUUAUCGAAAUGUUUACAAACAAUCUGUAUAGAUAAGUAUUCGUCGGUCGCGAUGAUGGAGAGAAAGACCCCUGCUUAUUUUGAAAAGUGAAGCAAAACAAAAUCUGAACAGAAAAUGGAAUUCUACACUCAAAGUGAGUCGCCAUAUUUAUUUAAUACUGAACGGAAAACGGAGUGCAUGUGUGAUAGGGAAAACAUUUUAUGCAGUUUGUCUUUUUUUCUGGAAGUGACAUGAAACACAAAAUACACCACAGGGGCAAGUAGAUUGAUAAUGGUACGUUUUUGCUCAAAUUACCUACUGUAGGAACAUUGGUAUAAGUAAUUGAGGUGCACAAGCGCAUUGGAUUAGGAUAGUGUUGAAUUUUAUUUAAAGCGAUAUUUUAUUUUUAUUUUUUUCUUUGUUUAAAGCGAAACGAUGGUAUCAAUCAACGUAGGGAAACUACUGACAACAAAACACGAGUACGAACUGUUUUAGGGAGUAGUAAAGUAAUCGUUAUGUUUUUUUCCUAUAGAUAUUUUUAAUAGAUUUUUAUUAACAUUCUCUUUGCUCUAUACAACACAGCUAUGGUUGAUAUAUGUACAGAACAAUUUAAGGUGUAAAGUAAAGCUACUUGUAGGUUAGUUAUUAUUUGAAUUUUCUUCUUUAUAAGAAAAAAUCCACAGAAUAAAAUCAAAACUGAAUCAAAAACAAA